UCACUUCCACUCUCCACCAAACGCUCGAGUGUAUGACGAGCCGUACAUGACCAAUGACGUCUUCUCCGAAGCGGCCGCCACGUUUCACCGAGAUGGUUCGCCGUGACCAUGGAGGAUGUUAACGACGCGAACCAGUUCGAAUCCGUGCAAGUUUCGCGCCGCACGUGUAUGGAAAAACGCGACUUUUCAAUUAAAUCCUCGAACCCCACCUAAGGAAACCGUACGAGUUCCGUAAAUAGAGUGUAGUGACUUCAGCAUUGCGUAAAUGAAGACAACCACGCGAAAAAUAUAUCGGCUCGGUUGGGUGCCUCUUGCAGUCAGCGUCUGCAGUCCAAGGACGGUGGUAGAGAAACUGCCCAGUGCCCAUCUUGGUAUCUACCUGUACUCAGGUGCAAGCAACAUGAUACAGACUCUCACUCCGGCUACCAACAACUCUCUCUUCGACAGCGUGCUGUGAUAGUGUGUGUGCAAAUGCUGAUUAAACGAUAACAGAGGCUCGAGAGGAUGAAGCCUGGCGAGGUUAAGCGUGUCCUCUUCUUUUUUUCCUUCUGCUGUAUUUUAUUCUUCAUUUAUCUGUAUUGGCAACAAACCAGCAAUCUUACCACCUCGAGACUUUUGUACACCUAUAGACACCCUUAUCCAAAGCAAAAGAAGUCGCACCCGCCCCAGUGGACAUGGCAGUGUAUAAAUCAGCGAUGCGAGAGGCGGCAUAUAAAAGGGGACAUCCCUAUAGUGUCAUUAUCGACAUGCAGCAUGUUGUGCGGCUCGACGCAACUCUGGCCCCAACCCACCGGACCUGUAACUCUCGCCAGCAGGGCUGUCACAUUCAACCAUCAACAACUAGAACUCGAAACGGACACUCCUGAACCCGCUAAGACACUUUUAGAACAUUCUUUUGUGGCCUUUAAUAGUAACAUUAUCAGUCUAGUCCAAAACAAAGAUUACGUAGAACAAGGAACUGACGUUAGAAGAUUUCUAAUCAAAAUCAUGAUUUUGCACCCGAAUAUCGUAAAACUAAAACUGGACACGAGCGAAGGGUAUAGUUUGAUUGUAAAGCCACGGAAGGACGAAAUUGUGGCUAAUAUAACAGCGAAAACGUUUUUUGGAGCCAGACAUGGGCUUGAGACUUUGUCCCAGUUGAUUUGGUGGGACGAUUAUGAAAGAAAAGGGGCGCUUAAGGUACUUAAAGGAGCCACGGUACAGGAUAAUCCAAUUUUUCCUUAUCGUGGGAUUAUGCUGGAUACGGCUAGGAAUUACAUGAGUGUUGAGAGUAUUCGACGAGUGCUCGACGGAAUGGCCGCAAAUAAACUCAAUGUCUUCCACUGGCACCUCACCGAUUCUCAAAGUUUUCCCUUGGUGUCAGAAAGAGUGCCUCAAUUAGCGAGAAAUGGGGCUUACGGACCUAAUAUGAUUUACACAUCAGAAGAUAUCAGAGCUUUGGUCGAAUUUGCCCGAAUUAGAGGUAUUCGAGUGGUUCUUGAAGUUGAUACUCCAGCCCAUGCCGGCAAUGGAUGGAACUGGGGCCCCCAAGAAGGUCUAGGUGAAUUAGCAGUAUGUGUCAACGAGCGACCUUGGAGUCUCUACUGUGGGGAGCCCCCAUGUGGUCAACUCAACCCUGAUAAUCCCAAUGUUUAUGAAAUCCUCGAGAAAAUUUAUAAAGACUUGUUAGAAUUAAGUGACGAAACUGAACUCUUUCAUUUGGGAGGAGACGAAGUGAAUUUGGAGUGUUGGGCCCAACACUUGCAGAAAACCACGACUUUGAUGAACUACACCGACUUGCACGACCUUUGGGGCGAGUUUACUCUCAAGGCUUUAAAAAGAUUAGAAAGGGCCAAUAACGGUAAAAAAAUUCCUCUUGUGAUAAUCUGGUCCAGCAAUCUCAGCAAAAGACCUUACAUUUACAAAUAUUUAGAUAAGAAAAAUAUCGUGGUGCAGAGUUGGGGGGCGAGUCAAUGGCCAGACACCCCCGAUCUCAUCAGCGACGGCUACCGGGUGAUAAUCUCUCACGUUGACGCGUGGUACCUCGAUUGCGGCUUUGGGCGGUGGCGCGAGACGGGGGACGCAGCGUGUGACCCCUACCGACCGUGGCAAACCGUUUACAACCACCGACCAUGGCAGCAAUUUCACCUAAACAAGAAGCAAAUUCUGGGGGGUGAAGCGUGCCUAUGGAGCGAGCAGUUCGACGAGGCGUCGCUGGAUACGAGACUGUGGCCGAGGGCGGCCGCCUUCGCCGAAAGGGUGUGGAGCGACCCGCAGCUGGAUGUAACUUCGUUCACCAUACAGGAGGACGUGUAUACGAGAUUGAACACGCAUAGAGACCGCUUGGUGGCUCGGGGACUAGGAGCGGAAGCCAUGUGGCCAGUGUGGUGCGCUCAAAAUCCCGGUAUGUGCCUUUGACGGGGGACCAAAGGACUGUUUUAUGUGCCAAUGUGUGACUGAAAGAACGCUCUUGCCGAGUACUUACAGCCAAAGGUUCGAUUCGUCAGUACAAUUAGAGUUAAGUGGAUCAGUAAGUGCUUAUUUAUUGAAUAAAAAUUUUAAGUAAACAAUUAGUAUUUUAUUGAAGUGGAGCAAACUUAGUUACUUUUGUACUGAGUGAAAAUUAUUGUGAAUGAAUCAUCGUAUUGAAAGUUAUUAAAUAUUAUAUUUGACACCUUGGCGGGCUUACUAAUAGUAAAUUGUUUAACAAAUAAAGAAAAGUGCAAGUUGAGCAUGCUAUUUAUUGUAUCCUUUAUGGAAAACGUGGAAAACCUAAGAAUAUUUAACAAAAAUUGUUUUUCUACAAUCUUUAACAUAUUUUAGUUGCAUACUUAUUUGUUUAUAUGGUUGUAUUGCUAACAAGUCAAGUGUUGCUAAUUAGUAAAAUAAAACAUUUCUUUUUUGAAUUCUA